AUUUCCCAGCUCCAAACAUCGUCUCUCCUGGGAUCGUCACUCUGAUCGGAGCUUCCAAAAUCCAACUGAAACCACCGUAUUCUUCCACCACAAUUCCACACAAAGAUGGAUGAAGAAUUACUAGAAUUACAAAGACAGUUCGAAUUCGCACAACAAGCAAAAUCCACCGUACGAUUAUCAGAACGAAACGUUGUGGAAUUAGUGCAGAAACUUCAUCAGCUUCAAAUCAUUGACUUUGACCUCCUCCAUACUAUCACCGGCAAAGAAUACAUUACACCUGAGCAAUUGAGAAAUGAAAUUGUGGCUGAGAUCAACAAACUAGGACGUAUUUCCUUGAUCGAUUUAGCUGACUCAACGGGUGUUGACUUGUACCAUGUGGAGAAACAAGCCCAGCAUGUAGUUUCCCAUGACUCAUCCCUCAUGUUAAUUAAUGGUGAAAUUAUCUCGAAUACUUAUUGGGAUACAGCAGCUGAAGAAAUCAAUGAAAGACUUCAAGAAUGUAGCCAAAUUGCCAUCGCUGAAAUAGCAGGGCAAUUACAAGUUGGGUCCGAAUUAGUAGUCUCUAUUCUUGAACCUCGUCUUGGGACUUUGGUAAAAGGUAGGCUUGAAGGUGGGCAAUUGUAUACACCAGCCUAUGUUGCUCGUGUAAAUGCAAUGGUUCGUGGUGCAGCUAGGGGUAUUUUUGUUCCAAUGAACACGUCAGCGUUAUGGAACACCUUGCAGAGUUUACUGCAAGAGAUGGAUGGAGCUGUUGGUGUUGCUGUAGACGCUUCAUUUUUCCAGUCAUUAUUUAAUGGCUUAGUCAAAGAAGGCGAGAUUCUCGGCUCUCUCCGUGCAGGAGUUCAUUGGACACCUUCUGUUUUUGCCAUGGCUCAAAAGGACUGUGUCGAUUCCUUCUUUUCGCAGAAUUCUUUUAUUACUUAUGAUGCUAUGCAAAAACUUGGGAUUCCGCAACCUUCUCAAUUCCUGCAGUCCAGAUAUCCAGAUGGUAUAUCUCUGGAUACUGCAUAUGCUCACCCUUCAAUGAUUGAGAUGUUGGAUGCCGCUGUUGAGGAUGCCAUAGAACGUAAUAGCUGGAUUGAUUCGCUUUCAGUUUUACCCGCUUCCUUAGGUAGCCAAGAUGCAUUUAAAAUUCUGUCACUAUGUCCAUCGGUUCAAGCAGCACAAAAGUCGAAUAGAGCACUUAUCUUGGGAGAUUCAUAUAUUUUUAGCAAUGGGUUUGUCAAGGAUCUGUUUGAUCGGAUAGAAAAGGAGAUGGAAACAUUAAGCAUUCCUGGGCUUGCCGGUGCUGGGCCUGUAGAUGAGUUUCGUGUUGCUAAAGAUGCUAAAGUUGGAUAUGACUCCAGUGAAGUAAAUGAAACAAGCAGUGAUGCCGGUAUGAGCAAACAGGCCUCGGAGAAAGGAUCUAAGAAGAAAAAAGGAAAAUCAUCUGGCAAUUCUAAGAUGGCGCAAGCUGAAACAGGGGCAGAUAACCAGGAAUCUGUCCCUAGUAAAUCUAAGAAAGGUCAGAAGAAAGGUAAGGUGUCAUCUGGAUCACAAGCAGCAGACUCAAAGUCAGGUGCUAGAAAGGAUGAGGAUAGCCUUGGCGCUAUUUCAGAAGAAUGGGUAAUUCAGAAGAUUACAUCUCUCAAUCCUGACUUUGAAGAACAAGGACUGGAUGAUCCAGAGAUGAUUCUUUUGCCUUUAGCAAGACAUUUGAGACCUUUGCUCGUCAAUUCAUUGAAGGAAAGAAGAAAGGCUGCCUUCACCGAAAAUGCCCAGAAAAUGAAAAAGCUACUUGAUAAUUUGCAGAAGAAACUUGAUGAGUCAUUUUUAAACAUGCAGCUUUAUGAAAAAGCCCUUGAUUUGUUUGAAGAUGACCCAACAACUUCGGUUCUUCUACACAAACAUCUAUUGCGAACCACAGGAACCUCAAUGAUUGAUACACUAUUGCUUAACCUGGAUAUGCACAAUAAACUGAAAAAUGGAGUUCCAGUUGACCCUCAAAAUCUCGAGUCCAUUUCACUUAGCCCUGGAGAUAGAAGUGCUCUGGCUAAGAGUCUGCCACGUGUACUGUCAGCCAAGGCCAUUGCAACAGUUGAAGCUUUAGAAGGGAAGGUCAGU